AUGCAGAAAUCUAACCCCCUUUUAAUAGUAGUAAAAAAAAAUUCUAUUCCACUUUAAAGGAGGGGUUUUUUAUUUGAAAAAAAUAUAUUUAAUUUAUCAAUUCAAUAUGAUCAUAUAAUUUUUGAAAUUUUUCAUAAAAAUUAUUUUAUGAAAUUAUUAGUUCAAAGUAUGUCCUGCACAAAUUUCGGAAUUCACAAGAUAAUUGGAGCAAUUCUCCACAUAUCAAAAAAAUCCAUUACAUAGAUGCAGGCUUCACAUGUAUAAUUUUUUCGGCAUUUAGGGGUUUGUUUCAUAUAUAAACUGCUGUCACAUUUAAAAUAAAAUAAGUUAUAGGUAAUUUUGAUUUUGCAGCAAUAGUUGGUAUCAAAACUACUUACAUAUAAAUUAUUAUUUUUAUCUAUAAAACAUAACAAUAUAGUCCAAAAAAGGAAAAUUCUCUUUAAAUUUAAACAGGAAUUAAGGAUAUCUAUAGCGAUAGUGACUCAAUAUUUUCAGAUUUUGAGCAAGCUCCUCGCAAUGAAAAUGAUAUUCAGUUUAUUGAUGAAAAUACCCUCUUAUACAAACAUUAGUAUUCUCCAUGCAGCGGGCCAAGAGUUGUUAUGAUGUCGCCAAUUUUUCAAAAUUUAAACCAGACCAGGAAAGCUAAUCUUGAUAACUCUGGAGAUAUGGUUGGCACUUUUGGAGGGUAUAAAAUAAGGGAUCUCCAUGCAUCUCCUUCUCUCAAUACCUUUGGAAGGUCCAUUGAAUUUAAAAAUACAAGAACUCGAAAUUCAAGAACAGUUGAAAGGAAAAACAACAUUGCUAAAUUCAAUUUUUCACCUGAGGAAAAAGGAAUUUAUAGUGAGUUUACAGUAUUGCUGUCUCAAUUUGAGCCAGAAGAUAUGUGCGAGCUGCUAUCUUGUGUGCUGAGAGAUGCCAAAAAAUAUAUGACCAAGCCAAGAUAA